AUAACACAAACAGGAGUGUUGUGCGCUGCGAUACACAACCACUGCAACGAGCUAUAUCAAUUCGUGAUGCACACGGUGUGACGCCGUUUCCAGUAGCGUCAUAUAGCCAAAAACUGGAGUGGAAUCGGUCUAUGGUCGUAUCGGUUUAGCAGUUGAAUUUAAGACCUAGUUUUUUUUUAACGCUAGAAUUAGCCUGUUCUACGGGGUCUGCAGAUUUGGGCACUACCAAACCCAACGCAUGCUACUGACCGGCCAUAACUGACAGUAGACCCGUCCUCCAUUAGCGUCGUUAUUUCUGUUAAGAGAUCAUGGGGAAACAGAACAGCAAGCUGACCCCUGAGGUGAUGUCGGACCUGGUGAAAAACACAGAGUUCAAUGAGCAUGAGCUGAAGCAGUGGUACAAGGGCUUCCUGAAGGACUGCCCCAGUGGCAGACUCAACCUGGAUGAGUUCCAGCAGCUCUACGUCAAGUUUUUUCCAUAUGGUGAUGCAUCAAAGUUUGCAGAACACGCCUUCAGAACCUUUGACAAAAACAGUGAUGGCACCAUCGACUUCAGAGAGUUCAUCUGUGCACUUUCCAUCACGUCCCGGGGAAGCUUUGAGCAAAAACUGAACUGGGCCUUCAACAUGUAUGACCUGGAUGGCGAUGGCAAAAUCACACGAGUGGAGAUGCUGGAAAUCAUUGAGGCCAUUUACAAGAUGGUGGGCACAGUCAUUAUGAUGAAGAUGAACGAGGAUGGGCUGACCCCAGAACAACGAGUGGACAGGAUCUUCAGCAAGAUGGACAAGAACAACGAUGACCAGAUCUCACUGGACGAGUUCAAAGAGGCCGCGAGGAGUGACCCAUCCAUUGUAUUACUCCUCCAGUGUGACAUGCAGAAGUGAACAAGCAACCGAUUGUCAGCAAGCUCUAGACUUCACAGGGGUUUAACGUCCCAUUCAGUCUGCAGCUAUUUCCACAGAAAAAAACAAAACAAAAAACUACGAAGACAAUAAUUGCUUGGGACUACCUUUCAAUGGACUUGCUUCCUGUGUUUGAAAGACUUGUAUGCAUGAGAAUGUAAUUUGCUGAAAAAAUUCAAUAUUCUUUAUAUAUGUACUGUAUAUAUCUAUAUGGAAAUGUAUAAUUAAAAAAUUCCUGGAAAAAAUGUGUUGUAUACACUCCAUAGAAUUCCCAGUAGCUUGUGCAUGAGAUAAUUACUUUUUGUUCCAUGUUUUUUGCUCACACUAGCGAUAACUUAUUUAUGUCGCGAAAAAACAAAAAUUCUUGUUGUAGUUUAAACUAUUAACCCAUUCUUCAGAGAUUUGAAUUAUCUGCAAGCUAAACCAGAAUGUGCUUGUUCUGUGGAAUAGAAGUAUAGUUUACGUGCAUGCCUGUAAGUCCAGCCUUAAAAAAAAAAAACGUCCCCUCAUUUUGUGCUAUUCUAAUCCCAUCAGAACAAAGCCUUAUCAAACCUCAACAGUAUUGUAAUGUUAUGGGAUGCAUAUUUGUGGUUCAUUAUUCUACUACAUGUGGUAGCAUGCUUCCUUAUAAAUAGUACUCUAUCUAUGCUACUAAGUCUAUGUUUGAAAUUUUGUGAGCCCAGUGUUAUCUUUGAUCAGGACAGUGUGGCCUAUUUCAGGAUAUUUUAAAUGUGAUUAAGCUCAAUUUGUAGACACCAAAUAACACCCAAAUAUGGCUUUCUAAAUUUCAUUUAUUUUAGAACAAGAUAUGACUUAAUCCCAUAUUUUAAAAAGUCCUGCACAUUCUUCUUUCGAAUAUGCCAUGUAAUUUUCCCUCAAUGUCCAUAAGUUAUAUAUCGGGGUUAGGCACUGUUAAAAUGAUAUUCUCUGUUAAGUCUCCCAGUUUAUGUGGAAAAGGAAAAGGAGGACAGUCAAGCAUUGUGUAAAACAUGAAUUAAUCUCUUGUCAGACUGAAAUCACAGUAAAAGCACAUGUUGUUGAACAAUGUCAGAUUGCAGUAUAUAAAAUACAGCGCCAUCCUGUUUGUAGAAUUAAUAGCAGAUUAAUAUCUUUCCCUAUUAAAUGUUUGUAUUGAAUAUUCAGUGUGUAUUCUAGCGUACCAAAUACAAACAAAUAUAACAAUUUGCAACAUUCUUUAAAAUAUUUAUAGCAUGCAUUGUGCUCCUUGGUGAUCUGGCUGCACUGUUGUUGUUUGACGUAAUAAAACAUCUAUGAGCUGUU